AUGCCGGCCUACGACAACGAAGGGGCCAACAUAUCUAUGGAGGAUGUGAGGGAUUCACAUCGACCGGCCAGCACGAUACAAGAUGAACUAGCUAUGAGGAGGAACCGAAUGCUGAAGACACAGAAGUCGACGAUAUCCUCGAGAAAACAGCAGGCGGUUUGUGUGAGGCGAGCACAUAAGAAGUAUGGGCCAACAAAGAACCCUAACGUGAUCCUAGAUGGAUUGAAUAUGACAGUUCCUAAAGGCGCUAUCUACGGUCUUCUCGGAGCUUCAGGAUGUGGAAAGACCACACUGCUCUCCUGUAUUGUCGGAAGACGGAGGUUGAAUGCAGGCGAAAUUUGGGUGCUUGGUGGAAGACCUGGAGGCCCUGGGAGCGGGGUUCCAGGCCCUAGGAUCGGAUAUAUGCCACAAGAAAUCGCGUUGUUCGGGGAAUUUUCUAUCCGGGAGACGAUGAUAUACUUCGGUUGGAUAUCUGGGAUGACCACCAAGGAGGUGGAGGAGCGGAUUGACUUUCUGGUCGAUCUGCUACAGUUACCAAACCCGACUAGACAAGUAAAGGUACUGUCAGGAGGUCAGCAGAGACGCGUGUCUCUGGCUGCUGCUCUUCUUCACGAGCCCGAACUACUCAUACUUGACGAGCCAACGGUUGGAGUCGAUCCUGUGUUAAGACAAGGUAUCUGGGAUCACCUGGUUGACAUAACGAAGGGCGGAAAAACGACUGUGAUAAUCACAACUCAUUAUAUUGACGAGACGAAGCAGGCGAACAUUAUCGGUUUGAUGCGUGGAGGUCGGUUCCUCGCGGAAGAAUCACCAACUGAGCUGAUAAGACGCUACCAGGCUGAGAGCUUAGAAGACGUGUUCUUGAAGCUAUCAGUACUGCAGAAUAUGGGCAAGCGCAGGCGAUCCAGCAUCCUCGCUGAUGUGGUGGAGAAGGUGGAAAUACCAGCUAUUCCUGAUCCAACAGCCAUAGACGUUGAGGAUGAAAUCGGCGAGAUUUCCGGUGAAUUCGGUGAUAAUGUAUCCAUGAGUAGCAAGGGUAGGAGUGUGAUCACCGAGCUCAAGUCACCAGUUGAAGCUUUGCCACCAGAAGAAGACCCUCCGGAAGGCUAUUUGGAGAGGAUAAAGCCAAUGAAGUGGCAUCACAUGAAGGCUCUGAUAUGGAAGAACUUUUGGAGUCUGUUUAGGAACUUUGGUCUAUUGUCCUUCAUCAUUGGUCUACCUCUCUCCCAAAUGGUCCUUUUCUGCCUCGCAAUUGGCCACUAUCCCGUGGGUGUUCCUAUUGGUAUAGUCAACUAUGAGAUCCAUAAUAGUUCUACUGUGCUUUGCGACUACCCGAAGAACAAAUGUCCGCAAGACCCGACCACAUACGAGUGGAACCUGACUAGGUUCAGCUGUCAGUACCUAGAUUUCUUAUCAAGGAGACAAUGGAAUUUGAUAUCAUUCCCAACCGAAGAAAUAGCGAUGAAGAAAGCUGGACACGGCGCGGCUCGUGCCGUCCUUGUCUUCCCUGGGAACUUCUCCGCAAGUCUACAGGAUAGAGUGAGAGAUCCGAGGCACGCUGAUCCUUUCACUAUCAAUAAUUCUGAGGUGCAAGUGCAUAUGGACGAUACUGAUAAGCAAGUGGAGUGGAUGCUGAGCCGAGACAUCCAGCUGGCGUUCAUGGAGGCGACCGAACAUUUGUCUGAAGUCUGCAAUCUGCCGAAGAGGAUGCUGUCCGUGCCCGUAUAUUUCCACCGCCCCAUUUUCGGCCUGGAGGUGCCUAAUUUCACGGACUUCGCUGGGCCGGGUGUUAUACUUACGAUUAUUUUCUUCUUGGCCGUUGCGCUCACAUCAGGUUCCAUGUUGGCGGAACGCAACGAAGGCAUUCUAGAAAGAUCUCUGGUCUCCGGUAUCACUGGUACUGAAAUUCUGUUCUCGCACGUGCUAGUUCAAAUGAUCGUUAUGAUCUUCCAAACGGCCAUGGUGUUGGUGGUCGGCUUCGCCAUAUUCGAUCUGACGCUGAAGGGACCCCUCGGCUGGGUCAUCAUCCUGACCCUCAGCAUUGGGCUGUGUGGAAUGACUUUUGGUUUCGUAGUCUCCUGUGUAUGUGAUACAGAAAGGACAGCUACAUAUCUGGCUUUAGGAUCAUUCCUACCAAUGAUGCUUCUAUGUGGCAUCAUUUGGCCAGUUGAAGGUAUGCAUAAAGUACUCCAAUGGAUAAGUUAUGUCCUACCUCUAACGAAAUCCACUGAAUCGCUGCGGUCAAUGCUACAAAGAGGAUGGUCUAUAGAGGUACCAACAGUUUAUUCCGGCUUUGUGUCCACAGCCAUUUGGAUCGUAGUGUAUCUAACUGUUAGUAUUUUGUUAAUUAAAUUCAAAAAGGGAUAAUUUUCGGGUGGGAAAAUUUUGUAUUCAGUUGUUGUUUGGUCAUUUGCUGAUCUGUAAGAGACUUAUUUUGUUACGAUGUUUUUUCGUGUCGCUACGUUUCGUUUAAUCGCUGCGUCAAAUUGUGCCUUGUAUAUAAGUAGUUUAAGUGGUUUCCUUGUGUUUGAUUUUACGCGAGUAUUAUACAUUUAGAAAUUAGAGACUUUUUAAUGGAUUUUAAUCGCGAUUUUUACAUUAUAUUGAGACAGUCUGCCCGUGAUCACGCUCGCUAUAAAGUGCUUGAAACGUAAUAUAAUGAAUAUAUGUAAAUCGAGUUUAAAAUCCGUUAAAAAGUCUAUAAUUGCUAAAAGUUUAAAUGGUUUAUGCGGAAUAGGGAUUGCUUCAAAAUGCUUAAGACAUAACAAAUUGAACUGUAGCUGACUGUAAUAAAGUCGUUUUUUAUGUUAAUAAUUAUGUAUGAGUUGGGAAAUAUUUACAAUGCUACACGUAAACCAGGUAAACAGGUUUUAUAUGACUAAAUGUAUGUUAUAUGAUAUUUUUUAUUUCACAUUUAAAGCAUGGUUUUAUUCAUAUCGUAAUUAUUUUCCUUCAAUGUCUUAUAGGCAAACUAUUGAUUCAGUUUCGAAGCAAAUGAAAUAGUAUAGAUUGUUUACUAGUAGGCAAUAAUAAUAAUGAAUCAUAGAUAUAAGAAUUUUGUUAUACACUAUGUUACCAAUUACUAUGUGAUAUUUAAUAAGGCGAGGUACUUGAUGCCAUUAUAUGAACUAAAUACUUUAAUUUUAAGUGGAUAUUUAAUUUAGUCGGUGGGUUGUCUGUGAUUUAUGAUUAUCAUUAAUAGAAACAUUACAUUGUAACAUAAUUCACUUUUAUAUUCAUGUAUUUUUAUGUUAAAUUCAUGUAUUUUUAUGUAUGUCAUAGGUUCAGGAAAUUUGCUGUUGUCAUUUCCAGUCUUUAAAGACGUUAUCUAUUUAUUUAUUACGUAACAGUUUUUAAGACGGUCUCUUCAUUGCUAUGGCUGAUACUGACGUGACGUAUUUUCUAAGAAAUGUCAAAAUCAGUUGAACUUUGACCUCGUGUUUACAGGGGGGAUUCCGUGACGUGUUAAAACGGUUAUGAUUCCAGUUUGUGAUGACAGACGUAUAUAAUAAGUCGUUUAGUUCACUCUCCCACACUGGAAUUAGUACUGCUUCAAGACGUCAGACGACCAGAAAGUUUAUUCUAGCUCAGUUUUGUAUCAUAGACUUGUACAACGUGAAAUGUAUUUGCUCAAUAUAUUAUAUAGGUAGCUAUGGAUAUAAUAUUGAAUAUUUAAUAAGUGGUAAUAAAUGUUUUUUAAACUA